GUUAGCUUUGCUGUCAAUUGGAAAAUGGCAGCGACGAGUGUUGUCGUUCUCGACAGAGGCAACAAUACAACUUGUACCGUAAAUCUUUUCGGUGCUACAGUGGUAUCAUGGCGGGUUAACAAUCAAGAACAGUUAUUUGUAAGUAAACAGGCUGUGUUCGAUGGCAAGAGGGCGAUACGAGGAGGAAUACCGUUUGUGUUUCCUCAGUUCGGACAAUGGGCGUUCGGGCCGCAGCACGGGUUCGCGCGGGUCGCGCGCUGGCACGUGGAGAAGAUGCCAGAGAGACUGCCAAGCGGCGACGUGGAGGCAGUCUUCAGCCUUAUGGAUGACGAGUUCACGCACUCCAUGUGGCAUUUUCAAUUCAGAUUGACAUACAGACUUAUCUUACGAGAGAAGGAGCUGCACUUCAAUAUAGGCGUGUACAACCCGAGCAAGGAGCUGACGUUCAGUUGCCAGCUACUGCUGCACACUUACUUCAAAGUGCCCGACGUGCGGCGCUGCCAGAUCACCGGCAUGCACGGCUGUAUGUUCAUUGACAAGACCCGGGAAGGCGCGGUGUACCAGGAGACGCGGGAGGUGGUGACCAUCAACGAGUGGACGGACCGCAUCUACCAGAACACGAUGCAGGAGCACAUCAUCACCAACGUGGUCAGCGGACGCAAGAUGAGGAUACAGAAGUACAACUUCCCCGACACUGUGAUCUGGAACCCCUGGGCGGAGUUCGCGAAGGAGAUCCCUGACUUCGGCGACGACGAGUUCCCCAACAUGGUGUGCGUGGAGGCCGGACGCGUCGCCGCGCCCAUCGUGCUGCUGCCCGGCACAGCCUUCGAGGCCAGCCAGAUACUGCAGGUGAUGUAGGGAGCAGGCGUCUCCCCCCGCAGCCGUCCACACUGUGAAGUCAAUUCCAGUGAAUAUUCUAACGUUUAUGACAAUAUUGGUACUGAUUCUGAACGCAACUAAAUUUUAGAGUAUUCGCCUCUUUUUCUUACCAAUGUAAUAAGAAAAGGACAGACGAACCUAAUUUAAUUUAGAACUGUCAAACUUCCUGACAGUGGCGUGCCAGUCGUGAGCCUAUUGUUUAAAUGCACUAAAAUUUUGAGUGUUUAAAUUUAAAAUUCAUUUUCCGUCCUUUUUUAGCAAUAUUAAAAAGAACAAGAUGUAGAUACUCUAAAAUUUAGAGAAAAGCAUCAGAAUCGACGCUAUUGUGUCUCCAACAUAUCUCUAGGAGAUGCAAUUAAUCUGAAUCUUCAUAUCCUUGUCUGUCUUCUUUGUUACUCUUUACAGUUCAAUUAACUGAUUUGAUUGGCUAAAAUUGCUAUAAAUUCAAUAUUGCGGAUUCUUGGGAUCCUUUAUUUGGAUAUCGAAUGAAAAGGGCUAAGUGAGUAUUAUCCCAGAAUACAUAAUACUACCUUUCAGGUACAAAAGGCUCGCUCUGAAAUAACUUUCAAAUAAACAGUGACUUUUGCAACGCAAUAAAGUGCAUUUUAGCUCACAUAGCACUGUGGCCUAAAAUUUAACAAGCGCCUCUCUUUCUAUUACGUAAAUACUAUCUCUCUUGUAUGAGAUAAGACUCGAGAGCCGUGGAAGGGGCGCGUCGCCGUAGAUGUAUUUCACGGAACGUUUUACGAACGAAUAGUUUUGUUGACGCCAAUAUCCUUUGACUAAAAGGUUAAUUUUCACCCAGAAAAGUUGUAUUUGUGAGUAAUAGCAAUAAAGAAGGCGUAAAAAAACAGUGCGGUAAUCUUUAAGCGCAGUUGAAGUAAAACUUCUUUGACGUUGAAACAGAUACUACGAUUUUUGCCUCUAUCAUUUGUAUGGGAUUACGUAACAGAGAGAGCAAUAAUUAUUAUUUAUACUAUCUUCUUUCCGCGGGUAGAGUAUAGUAGUUUUAAUAGUCAGCUGUAGUGAAUAAAAAAUCGAGCUUUUAUGCUAUGACAUUAGCCAACUACAAUACUGACUUCCUACUUAAAAACCUCAAUUAAAUAUGGCGGCCUCAAAACAGUUGUUUGGUUUGUCAAACAUUUAGAAUACGCGCGUUAUUCCCCGUCGCGUCCGAUAUAAGAUCAGUUUUACUUUAAAGUACCACCUAAAGAAGUUUUACGUCACUGUAUGAUACUUAAAACAUUAUUACUUACUAAGCGAAGUUCAAAAUAAAUUAUGAAUUAAAACAUUUUAUUCCUAAUAAACAUUCCUUAACUAUAAUAAUAAUGAAUACAAAUACGUAACACACAAAUAAGACAUUUUUUUUACAAAUUAGCCAUUUUUUGUCAAAAUAGACGUAUGAGUUUGACUAGGAACGAAGAAUUCUGUAACUGAAUAAUGAAUUUGGAAGUUAGUUAUAUCAAAAUCCUGCUUUCUUGGAAUUUUCCAAACUGUAACUUCAAUUGAUAUGGACAGUAGGUUCAUUCUUUAAUUUUCUUGUUGUAAUAAAAUAAAAUUGGUCGUCUCUAAGACUUUCUUCGUCUUCCUAUCUUUAUUCUUUGUAGUUAUAAAGACGUGUUUCUAUUAGUAAUGUUCCUGUUUUAUGUAUGUAACAAAACUAUUUUAAGAAUUACAUUCCGGUGUUACAAUUUACUGAUAAUACAUAAUAAUUUACUCUAGAAGUCUAUACUAUUAAUUUUAAUUUUGCCGAAAUGUUUAAUAUGACUUUUGUCUAUAAUCUACAAAAAGUAACAAUUUUAGUAAAAGGGUUGGUGUAAAAUUAAGUAAGGCAUUUUCAAAAUCGGUUAUUUAGGUACUGUCGAUAGAGUAAAAUUACACUAUUAAUUUUUAUCAUGUUUGUAUCAAAUCGAUUACUUUUUAAUUUCUAAUAUGGAAUCGAUAUCAUGAUCAUCUGUCAAAUAAUCGAUUUUGCACAUAUCACUGACCAUACUUAAAUACUAUUAUUUAAUUGAUUGGCUUGGUACAUGAAAUAAAAAAAGCAUGAUAAUAUAUAUGAUUCUAGUACUUAUUGCUGUAAUAAUCGAAUUGUUGUAUGUAACUUUAUUCUAUCGAUUUAAACUAUUUUUUUUUUGCAAAGUUUGUACCUUUCGUCAUUUUUGUGUAAAAUAUACUGUCUUUUAACUUGUUUUGACAUUAUAUAAUUAAAUAUUAAUAAUACUUACCGCUCACUCGCAUCACAAAAUACUCAUGACAAUAUUUUUGUUUAGUAACUUAUUUUUAUAAAUGUUAGCUGUUAAUGCAAUGCUUUAUAAUAAUAAUUUAUGAAUAGUUAUGUAAUAGAAAAAUGAUUUUGAUUACAACGAUUUCACUUUGCCUUUGUCGAAAGUCAAUUACACUCUUGCCUCUUUUUCGGGAUUUCUGAAUUAAAUGUGAAUAUAAGUAAAUAAUAGUUUUAGGCUUGAUAAAAUUACAGCAAAUAAUUUCUCCUAGUAAGAGUUUUGCGGAUUACGUCAGUUUCCGUAACAUUUUUCGUUACCGAUUUUGAUUUACAAUGUUUUUCACUAGGGGCCCUGUUUUAGAUGCAUAAAGAAACUCUGUAUUCGGAAAACCAAAUUCGGUUAAAAACAAUCUCUUACUAGAGGUACAGAAAUGAAUACAUUUUCUUUUACUGACUAAUAUUUUGAACACAUUUUUUUUCUUUAAAAAAAAGGUGAUCCUUAUCGAUUCGAGUUUAUAUUACGCGCCUAAAAUACCACUGUAACCGAAUGUCAUUAGUCAGAAAUAAAUAAUAAUUAAUGUACAUACAGCCGCAUAAUUUGUACAAAUUGACAUUAUUUUUUUAUGUACACUAUAUUUUGUACUUUUUUUAUUUGGAAACGUUUUGGAGGCUUUUAAAGUAUACGACAAAUAAUAUAAGAGUAUGUACUUAGAUGUAAUAAGUUCCUUGUUCUUUUUAAGAAUAAAAUGCAAUUUAAUGGGUACUUGUAAUAGUUGUAAUGUUUUGUAAGGUUUUCCACAAUAAUUGUUGAACGAUGUUAUAAUAUAAAUAAUGAUCUAAAAUGUACUAUGUUCUCGCUAAACCAGUUAUAUGGUAAUCAUAAAACUGACAUGAUUAUAUAAUAUUUAUAGUUUCAUCCAAAUAUGUAUUAUAAAAUAAUAAUCGAUUCAGUGACAUCAAAUUUUAAAACCUCUCGUAACAUUAUUGAUAUUAAUACCGGUGAUUUUGAACAUCGAAAAUUAUUAGUAAAAACUGUACUUCCAUAGGUGCAAUAAAGUGAAGUAAUUAGAAAAUA